UCAAAAACGCCUGCCAUGGCUGACAGUGACUCAGCUUCAGAAGGUCCUCGCUCCAAUGGCGAGGUGACCGGCUCAGCCGCGACCGGCGCUUCGGUCACCUGCGCUCCGGCCUGCGGGCGACAGCGCAAGCGCCACCGCAGCGGAGGUGCCAAGCAUAAUGUGGACACCCGCGGGGUGUCCGCAGGGACUGGCUCGGUUUGCAAGCUCUUCGUGCGCAAGGCUCCUUGCAAUUUCGCGGACCCCUGGCGAAAGCACAGUCAGCAGUCGUCGACCGGUACGGGCUUUUUGCUCGAGGGAAGGUGGGUGGUGACCAAUGCCCACGUGGUGCACCGCGCCGUGUCUGUACUGGUGCGGCCGACCACCGGGAACCCGGUGAAAUACAAUGCCAGGGUGGUGGCGCUAGGCCUUCCCUGUGAUCUCGCAGUGCUGGAAGUGGAAGAGAACUUCUGGCGGGGCAAGGAGUCCUUGAAACUCUCAAGGGAGCUGCCCAAGCUGGACGACAACGUCACGUGCAUUGGCUUUCCAGUGGGAGGAGAGAACAUCUCCGUGACGCGGGGUGUUGUUUCUCGCAUCGACGUCAACAUCGACGGCCUGAUGCGGAUUCAGAUUGAUGCAGCCAUUAACCCAGGCUGGAAUGCAGAACCGACAGCUUGGAGAUCUGACACGGCGAUGGUGAUGCGCACGGCUGUGCUGCCUGCGCAAGCCACACUCAAAGAAGCGUGCGGCUGUGCUGCUCACGCGCGCUCUUGACAGAUGCCUGCUCGUGACGUCACACCGCUUCGCGCGCGUCAAAAAAA